AUGCGCAAAGGAACUGUCGGAAGGUCGCCACAGCCCCAGCCAAAGCGGCGUGGUCAGGCCGACAGCGGUGAGGAUGACGAUGGGCACCGAAAGCCCUCUUGGAUGAUACCAGGCAGCCCCGACUACCUGGCCAUCAAGGUGCUGGUGGUCGAGGGCCGGUGCGCCCAGCGGGUGGACAAGAAGGGCAAAAUAAUCGGCGACCCCGACGUCUACGUGCGUCUCAGCUACUACGGCAACAAGUGGGAGACCCAGCUGAUGCGCAACAACACAGCCCCCAAGUGGAACGAGGCCUUCGAGAUCCCCAUCCCUCCUGACAGGCGCAACGCACUGGGCGAGCUGGAGAUCAAGGUGUGGGAUAUGUUGGACAAGAAGAAGGAGAUCUUCAUGGGCGAGCCCCGUGGAGGUCUCACCCACUGGCCGAGGGGCUAUGCCACAGGGGACUAUGGUGGCGUGAACUACGAGUACGUGGAACCGCGAAGGUACAAGCUGAAGGGCGGUGCCACCUCCAAGGAUGCGCGAGGGGACGUGGUCAUCGGCCGCCUCACCCUACGCGUGGGCAUGGUCCUCCCCAAGAAGAAAAAGUACCAGUGGGAUGAGUCCAAGGGCGAGCGUACCACCGAAAGCUUGUAA